AUGACGCAGUCAAUUAAGGCGACGUUCUUCUGGCGAGGAAUGGAUAGUGAUGUUAAACGCUAUGUGCAGAGAUGUCAUGUGUGUGCGACUAGCAAAACGCUCCCGCAAGCGUACGGCCAGAUUCCGGAGAAGACGGUGGAAGUUCGACCCUGGAAUGAGAUCGCAGUCGACUCAAUUGGGCCUCUGCAAGGUCGAUGGCGUGCAGUCUCGAUAAUGGACACGAGCACACGCCUGCUCGAACUCGCGGCACAGCACGACCCCUCCAGUGCUGAAGCAGCACGGAUUGUGGAUCAAGUCUGGUUCAACCGAUACCCUCGGCCGAAGCGGUGCAUCUACGAUGGUGGCUCUGAGUUCAAACUCGAUUUGCAAGAGCUAUUGGAAAUGCAUCGCUGUAUUAACGAGAAGCUGCGCACUGAGAAGAUCUCAAGCAAGGAAGACUGGGAGAACUGCUUGUCGUCUGUAGCGUACGCGCUGCGGGCUUCUCAUCAUACCAUGAUGGGGUGCAGUCCAGCACAAGCCGCCUUCGGGCGCGACAUGCUGUUUGAUGUCCCGCACGCGGUUGACUGGGAGGCUCAAAAGGAGCGAAAGGAGGCUCAGGUAGCCAAGGCUACCGCCCGUGAGAACGCUGGGCGCAAUACUCACGAGUAUGCCCCAGGUGACAUGGUGAUGGUCGCCAACAAUGACCCACGGCGAGCAAAGCUUGCCCCUACUUAUACCGGGCCUUACGAGGUUGAUGCUGUACGCAGCAACGGUACAGUCGUAGUGAAGAAGCAGCGAUACCUGGAGACACUGCACAUGCGUCGGCUUCGUCCUGUCACGCCGGAGAUGGGGGCCUCUGUCGUGAAGUGA